CCGAAAAUGAAUAAGUUGCGAGGAGGCACGUUUGCUAUCGCAGUCGAGUUUAUCUGCCCAUUGUAGUUCAAAGCAAAAUGGUUGCAUUGCCCUGUUGUACACAUCCGCGCAAAAUACGGGACUUUUCUUUGAGUAGAAAAAUUGGGCGCCGAACGGACGGCAUCUCAAGAAAUUACCCCGAUUAGUUAACGCCAGCAGCGGUCUGUAUUACUGAAGUUCCGCUUACUGAAACCCCAAGAUGUCGCUAGUGGACAUGGGAAAAAAGCUGCUAGAAGCGGCUCGAUCAGGACAGGAUGACGAGGUGCGGAUCUUAAUGGCCAACGGAGCACCGUUCACGACAGACUGGCUGGGGACCUCGCCUCUUCACCUCUCGGCCCAGUAUGGCCAUUACUCCACCACGGAGGUGCUUCUGAGGGCGGGCGUGAGCCGGGACGCCCGCACCAAAGUGGACAGGACCCCCCUGCACAUGGCGGCCGCGGAGGGCCACUCCAGGAUUGUGGAGGUGCUGCUGAAGCACGGGGCUGACGUCAAUGCCAAAGACAUGCUGAAGAUGACCGCGCUCCACUGGGCCACAGAACAUGGCCACCCCAACGUCGUCGAGCUGCUCAUCAAGUACGGGGCCGACGUCCACGCACAGAGCAAGUUCUGCAAAAACGCACUGGACAUCGCUGUGGACAACUGUAAUGAGGAGCUGGCGGAGAUUCUGCAGGUGUCCAUGCAGAACCAGAUAAAUACAAACCCGGAGAGUCCUGACACCGUGACGAUACACACGGCAACUCCGCAGUUCCUCAUCGGCCCCGGGGGCUUGGUCAACCUCACUGGUCUGGUUUCUGCAGGAAACUCCUCCAAGUCGGCAGUGAUGGCAACAGAGGAGGUGGUGACCGCAGACUCAGUGGACGGAACCAUCCAGCAGGUGCUCAGCGCAGGGGGUCAGCAAGUCAUCACUAUUGUAACAGACGGCAUCCAACUCGGCAACCUACAGGCGGCCGGUAGCAUCGGCCAGCCCAUUAUUGUGACGAUGCCAGACGGCCAGCAAGUGUUAACAGUUCCCGCCACAGACGUUGCAGAGGAAACCGUUGUCAGUGAAGAGCCAAUGGCAAAGCGGCAGCGCAUCGAGUUCAUUGAAAAUCACGUUGAAAGUCCAGAAUUCGAGGAGAAGGAAACGUUGCAGAAGCAGCUAGAGGAGGCAAACCGGGAAGCGCAGAAAUACCGACAACAGCUUCUGAAGAAGGAACAGGAAGCGGAAGCGUUCAGACAGAAACUAGAGGCCAUCACGCGCCACCAGAGCGGAAAGAAAGCCGCGUGAGGCAUCGCGUCUCACCGAGGACUUGUCUUGACCAGGCGCAUCUCAGACUGACCGAUCGCAGAUACCGCUAAAUAAGACCGUCGUGAGGGAUUAGGAAUGAACGAAUUACAGAAUGUCGGAGACUGGAGGAUUCUGGAUGUGGAUCGAGAAAGUCCAGUCGGGAACCUCUACGUAUAACUGAGACGUUUAUCAUGUUCUCUUUCGCAAGGAGCUCUAAAGGUGCUCUGACAGACGGACAUCGUUGGGUUUUGCGUUACUUUGUAAAUAAUGCGGGCUGAUUUUGGAUUUAGGUUUGCUGUAUGUUCUUUUUAUACCCUUAUUUUUAUUUUAUUUUUUAAACGAUUGGUGCAAAAUUAACUCAACCUUUGCAUCAAAACGAAUUCAACGUUUGCACUGCGCUUCUACUCAGAAUAAUUUGUUUUCCAGAAUUAAUUACUUUUAAUCCAGAAAAAGACAUGCAUUCUUUGUAAAUAGUAGGCCUAUUUCUGAAACCAGAAGAAAAUCGAAUUCUACUCGUUUUGCAUUGGAAUUGAUGUGAUCUUUGGGAAUGUAUGAUGUCAUUACAAUCCAGUACAAACACUACAUAAACAGCCAAUAUUUUAUGUU